UAAUUAAUAUUACAAUUUUAAAAAAAUGUUUUUUUCAAAACCUUUCUUCAAAAAUGUUACUCUGCAAAACUUCAGAUUUCAAACAUACAAUUCAUCUAUGCAAAUUAUGAAAUCUUUUGAAAACACUCUUAGGACUGGUUGUGAUAAGACUAUGCAUGGAGCCAUUCUUAUAUGUGAGCAUCCACCAGUGUAUACUGUUGGUAUACGUAAAAAAAACUAUAUUGAUGGGGACAUAGUUCAAAACCUAAAGGACAAAGGAGCUGAAUUUUGUUAUGCUGAUCGUGGGGGACUAAUAACAUUUCAUGGUCCAGGGCAAUUAGUGUGUUACCCAAUUCUUGAUUUAAAAAAGUUCAAUUUAAGCAUACGUUGUUACAUUAAUCAGCUGGAGCAAGUUAUAAUUGAUACUUGCACUGAAUUAGGAGUUGCUACUGAACGAACUAAUGAUGUAGGAGUAUGGGUAAAAGAAAAUAAAAUAGCUGCAAUCGGAGUCCAUUGUCGUCAACAUAUUUCAACUCAUGGUUUAGCUAUUAAUUGUAAUACAAAUUUAAAUUGGUUUAAAAAUAUUGUACCUUGCGGUUUGGUUGGUAAAGGAGUGACAUCCUUAAGUAAAGAGUUAAAUGAUGAUAUUACAGUCGAUCAUGUUUUACCAAUAUUUUUAAAAAGAUUUGAAAAAAUAUUUGAUUGUGAAAUAAAGUAGUGUUAUCUAAAUAUUUUUUGAUUGUGAUUUGCAAAAAUAUUGUUUUAUUUUUAUUUUUUUUGA